AUGCCUACCGACAAGAAGCUCAUCGUCAUCAUUGGCAUCACCGGCCAACAAGGCGGCUCCGUGGCCAAAGUCUUCCAAUCUGAACCUGGCUGGCAUUUCAGGGGCGUGACUCGCGAGCCUUACAGUACCUCUGAUGCUCAUCUCCGUGAAGCCGGUAUCGAGCUCAUCGCAGCAGCCGACCUCGACAACGUUCCAUCCCUCGAGAGAGCCUUCGAAGGUGCCGAUGCCAUCUUUAGCGUAACAGACUUCUGGCAGUUCGUCAAGCCCGGUCGCCAGAUCUUCGCUCAAGCACGACAGCAGAAUCGCCAGCCUAUUGCACUAGCGUACGAGAGAGAAUUUCAGCAGGGAAAGAACAUAAUAGACGCCGCGGCGAAAGUCCACGCGAUGAAGCCGCUCCACCGCCUCACCAUCUCGACGCUUGCUGAUUUGAGGAAAUGGUCCAACGGCGAAUCAAGCACGAUCUUCACUUUGAGGGCAAAGCUCCUUACAGCGAAUACCUCAAGGCCACGUACCCAGAGCUUGCGAGGGUCAGUAGUUACGUCCAAGUGGGUCACCAUCUGA